UCGCUGUUCUUUUUCUUCAAGUUUUCAACUUUGGCGUCACGCUUUGAUCAAAAACCAAAAACAGCCUUCUCGAACCUUCUCAACCUCCCCCAAUUCAUCUCCCAAUUUCCAAAAUUCAUCGAUCUUUGUUCCAUAAUUCGUCUCCCGUUUCCUUGUUUUCACCGCUCUCUUUAUAGUUCCAUCCAUUGCUAUAUUUGGUUAUCGAUCUCAUCUUCCGAUUUAGAAAUUCUCUCAAAUUAGGGUUCUUGAAUUCUGAUCGGAAUUCGUUAUCAUUUGAUCGGAAAAACCCUGAGGCGGUUCCUACCCAACUCAAUUCAUAUCAAAACAAGAAAUACCCGGUUCUUGAAUUUCUAAACGAAAGAAGAUCCACGCUUCAAAAAUCUCGCUUACCCUUUUUGUAAAAACCUCCUUGGUUUUAAUCCCCAAUUCAACCCAGAAGAAUUGUGAAAAUUCAUCGAUUACCCCUUUCGUUUUCAAUCAAAAUAGUAUACCCAGAUCAUCAAGAUCCCAAAUUAAUCUUUCCACACGUGAUGGGCACAAUUAGUUUUCACAAAGAAGUUUCGAAACCCUCAACAUCUUCUUCUACUGCUUCUUCUUCAACCUCCUCGACGUCUCGAACUGAGACGGUGAACGGGUCCCAUGAAUUCAAGAUCAACGGAUACUCCCUUGCCAAAGGCAUGGGAGUGGGAAAAUAUAUAGCUUCAGAUACUUUUACGGUGGGGGGCUAUGAAUGGGCCAUUUAUUUUUACCCGGAUGGAAAGAGCGCUGAAGAUAAUGCUUCCUACAUUUCGCUUUUUAUUGCUUUGGCGAGUGAAGGGACGGAUGUAAGAGCCCUUUUUGAGUUGACGCUUUUGGACCAGAGUGGAAAAGAUCGUCACAAGGUGCAUAGCCAUUUUGGGAGGAUGCUUGAGAGCGGGCCUUAUACCCUUAAGUACCGUGGGAGCAUGUGGGGUUAUAAACGCUUUUUCAAAAGAACUCUUCUAGAGACAUCAGACUACCUUAAAGAUGAUUGCCUUUCAUUUCGCUGUUGUGUUGGCGUAGUUAAGUCGCAUACGGAGGGACCUAAAAUCUAUUCUAUUUCAGUGCCACCUUCUGAUCUUGGUCAGCAUUUUGGGAGGUUAUUAGAAAGUGGAAAAGGAACUGAUGUGAAAUUUGAAGUUGAUGGGGAAAUAUUUGCUGCCCACAAGUUGGUCCUUGCAGUACGUUCACCUGUAUUCAGGGCGCAACUUUUUGGUCCAUUGAAGGAUCAGAACACGCAGUGCAUUACAGUAGAAGACAUGGAAGCUCCUGUUUUCAAGGAAGGUAAAAAUACAGGAGAGUACAUCGGGAAUCCUCUUCUAAGGUGCUGCUCCUGUACAUUAUUCUUCCUAACCUCGGUUAAGGCAUUGCUCCAUUUCAUUUACUGGGAUACCUUACCAGAUUUGGAAGAGCUAGCGGGUUCAACUUCAAAAUGGGCUUCAACUCUUGUGGCUCAGCAUCUGCUUGCUGCUGCUGACCGUUACGCACUUGAGAGAAUGAGAAUUCUCUGUGAGGCUAAACUUUGUGAGGGUGUCGCAAUAAACACAGUUGCAACUACAUUAGCCUUAGCAGAACAGCACAACUGUUUGCAUCUGAAAGCCGUAUGCUUAAAAUUUGUUGCAUUGCCAGAAAAUUUAAAAGCUGUGAUGCAAACAGAUGGAUUCGAGUAUCUGAAGGAAAGUUGCCCUGGUGUUCUGAUUGAAUUGCUGCAAUAUGUUGCAAGAAUCGGGGAGCAUUCUGUUAUUGCAUGUGGAUAUCGAAGAAAAGAAGCACCGGUAGAUGGUUCUGAUGCUAAUGGACGGCGGGUCAAACCAAGACUACAGUGAUUUAGGGAAUAACAUGUAAAUCAUCCUUUGAUUAGUAGGAAAACUAAUAAGAGAGAGCAAGGUAGCUUUAGAUUUUUGCUUGUACCAACAACGGUGAGUAUAUGCAAAUUUAUAUGGUGAAGGAUGAUUUGUUUCUUAUAC